AUGGUUAUAAAAGAUGCAAAAGAGGAGAAAGAGUGGUUAGAAAAGGGACAAUAUGUAAGCCACCUUACACCAGCACAGCAAAACAAUGUGAUUAAACUAGUUGGUAAUCGAUGUUUAGUAAAGUGUUUAAUUGAAGAUGUACCAGUUGAGGCAUUGUGGGAUACGGGUGCUCAGGUUUCAAUAACCUCGCAUGAAUGGGUAAUGAAAAACUUUCCUGAUGUCAAGAUUAAUCCGAUUGAAGAUUUACUGGAGAACAAUUUAGAUCUCAAAGCAGCAAAUGGUUCGUCUAUCCCAUACAAAGGUUUUAUAGAGGUGAGACUUAAAUUAUUGAACUCACAAAUUGGAGAAGAGGUUUUAGUGCCUCUUUUGGUAGCGUCUGAUCAUCUUGAUCACCCUAUCAUCGGAUAUAAUGUUAUUGAAGAACUAGUCAAAUACCCAGUUGACAAGACAAAUAACAUUAUUUCAUCGAUGACAGCAAGUUUUCCCACAGUUGAUUCCAAAAACAUUAAAACUCUUGUUGAACUUAUAAAAACAAAUGAAUGUAGUGAACUGUGUUUGGUUAAAACUAUAAAGCAUGAUGUGUUGAUUCCUCAAGGCAAGACAGUGAGUGUUACUUGUAGAGCGAACACACGGUCGAAUGCAACAAGUAAGCUCCCAGUUCUGUUUGAGCCAGACCCUGAACAACCAUGGCCCACAGGUCUUGAAAUCGAAGAGACAUUGACAAACAUAAAUAGUGGGUUCUCCUCCCGGGUGGUUAUUCAAGCGAGAAAUUCCACCGAUCAUGAUAUUUUGCUUCCAAAAAGAACUAUACUUGGACGAUUGCAAUUAGUAAAAUCUGUUACACCUGUUGAAGUUAGGGAAAAGUGUGAUAAAGAAGCACAAGUUAAUGGAGUGUCAGUAAAUGAUGAUAAGUUGAACACAAAUACCCCAAAGACCUCUUACGGUGAUUGGAUACCUGAAGUUGAUUUAAAUGGUCUGACUGAGAAACAAAAAUUAGUCGCUCAACAAAUGCUUCUCGAAGAGUCAGAUUGUUUCUCUCGAGAUGAUGAAGAUAUCGGUUGUAGUGAAGAACUUAAAAUGAAGAUCAAUUUAACAGAUAACAUCCCAGUUCAAAAGAACUAUAAUUCAAUACCAAAGCCCUUAUAUCCAGAGGUAAAACAGUAUAUUGAGGAUCUCCUAAAUCGGAAAUUUAUACGUAAAUCUAAAUCAGCUUACUCGUCACCUGUCGUUUGUGUUAGGAAGAAGGACGGUACUUUACGUUUGUGCGUUGAUUAUAGAGAACUAAACAGACGGACUAUUGCGGAUCGUCACCCCCUACCCAAAGUCCAAACAACACUCGAGAAUAUCGGCGGAAACUCGUGGUUUUCCCUUUUAGAUCAGGGGAAAGCUUACCAUCAAGGGUUCAUAGAGACUGCGGAUCAACAUAAGACAGCCUUUAUAACCCCAUGGGGCCUCUAUGAGUGGGUAAGAAUCCCUUUUGGUUUAAAAAAUGCCCCUGCAGAAUUCCAACGAUUUAUGGAGUCAUGUCUGGAAGGACUUCGAGACGAAAUAUGUUUACCUUAUUUAGAUGACGUAAUAGUUUUUAGCAAGACUUUCGACGAACACGUUGAACACCUAAGAACUGUUAUAAGGCGCCUUCGAGACCAUGGUGUAAAGCUCAAACCUAAGAAAUGUAACCUGUUUCGUCGAGAAGUUCAUUGUCUUGGUCGAGUUGUUUCAGAAUACGGAUAUAAAAUGGAUCCAACUCAGGUACAAGCGGUUCUAUCAUUAAAGAAUAAACAACCCAAAACGGUUGGAGAAGUUCGACAUUUAUUAGGAUUGUUAGGCUACUACAGAAGAUACAUUCAGGAUUUUUCUCGAGUUGCAAAACCCUUAUUCGACCUUCUCCAACGAUCAAAUGAACCGAGUAACAAUAAAUCGAAAACACCCCAAGUACCAUCUUCCCAAAGUGUCUCAUGGACGGACGAACAUAGUUCAAUUUUAGACCAAUUAGUGACGCGGAUUACGAGUGCCCCAAUUUUAGCAUAUCCAGACUACAACGAACCAUUUGUUUUACAUACGGACGCAUCUCAGGAAGGACUUGGUGCAGUGUUGUACCAAGAACAGAAUAGUGAAAUGCGCGUCAUCGGUUAUGGUUCACGAAGUCUGACCCCUGCCGAGAAAAACUAUUAUCUACAUUCGGGAAAACUCGAAUUUUUAGCACUAAAAUGGGCGGUGUGCGAACAGUUUCGCGAUUAUUUAUAUUAUGCCAAGUCGUUCACAAUAUUUACGGACAAUAACCCAUUGACAUACGUGUUAACGUCUGCGAAAUUAAAUGCAACAGGGCACCGUUGGGUCGCAGAAUUAGCGGACUACAACUUUACCAUCAAAUAUAGACCUGGAGCAGCAAACAAGGACGCAGAUGCCUUAUCGAGAAUGCCAAUGGACAUAGACGAAUAUAUGAAAUUGUGCACCAAAGAAACUUCGCAAGACAGCAUACAAGCGUGUAUGAUUGGAAUUCAGGCACAAGAACCGUGGAUUACUGCGAUCACAGCAAAUCCCGAGGUACUGAACACAAGCGAAUUAAUACCCGAAUUAAGUGCACUACAAAAAUUGGACCCUAACGAAUUUAUUCGAGCUCAAGACAGCGAUCUGUGCAUCGGGAAAAUCCGCACGUUAAAGGCAAAGAACACAUACCCAACAGAGGAAGAGAUAAACCGUCUAACACCAGAGGCUAAAACUUUGCUGAGAGAAUGGAAAAGAUUAGAAAUAGGAACUGACGGAAUAUUGAGGAGAAAACGAGGACCAGUGAUGCAAUUGGUGCUGCCACAUUGUUAUCGUAUGACAGUUUACAAAGAGCUUCAUCAGAAUAUGGGUCACCUGGGAGCUGAAAGAGUAGUUGAGCUUGCAAGGGAAAGGUUCUUUUGGCCACACAUGCAAAGGAACAUUACGCACUUUGUAACCAAGGAAUGUAGCUGUGUGAAACAACGAGCUCCAGCAAAGAAAACGCGUGCCCCAUUGCAAAAUAUAACUACUUAUGCGCCACUUGAACUCGUCUCAAUGGAUUUCCUACAUCUUGAACGAAGCACUGGCGGGUACGAAUACAUUCUCGUAAUAGUCGACCACUUUACUCGUUUCGCACAAGCGUAUCCAACCAAGAAUAAAGAAGCGCGAACCGCCGCAGAAAAACUGUACAACGAUUUUAUUCUUAAAUACGGAUUUCCAAGCCGGAUUCUACAUGAUCAGGGACGGGAGUUCGAGAAUAAAUUAUUUCAUCAAUUAGAAAAAUCGUCUGGGAUAAUUCGAUCGAGAACAACACCGUAUCACCCACAAGGCAACGGUAAAGCAGAAAGAUUCAAUAGAACGCUUUUGUCCAUGCUAAAGACACUGCCAGAGAAUCAGAAAAGACGAUGGGACCAACAUGUCUCGAAAGUUGUCCACGCAUAUAAUUGCACGAGAAAUGAUGCUACCGGUUUCUCGCCAUUUUUCCUACUUUUCGGUCGUUCUCCAAGAUUACCGAUAGAUUUGAUGUUUGGUUGUAACAAAGUUGAAGACAGACUCAACCACAAAGAUUAUGUGAAAAAGUGGUCUAGUGCAAUGAAUGACGCUUAUACUUUCGCCAGCGAACAUGCUACUAAAAACAGUUCAAAAGGAAAGAGACAUUAUGAUAAAGGUGCGAGAUAUUCCACGUUAAAGCCUGGUGAUCGUGUACUAGUAAGGAAUUUAAGUGAACGGGGUGGUCCUGGGAAGUUGCGAUCGCACUGGGAGAAAGACAUUCACAUUGUUGUAAAUUGCACGCCGGACAGUCCCGUGUAUGAAGUGAAACCAGAAGCGAAAGACGGAAGGAAACGAUUACUUCAUCGGAAUCUUUUGUUACCGUGCGAUUUCCUACCACUCACACCGGAACUACCAGAAAAAACAAUUCCAAAAUCCGUUCAAAAGAAGGGUAAAGGCCCAAUUGAAACUGCACGCGGAACAGCAGAACAGUGUGAAAGUGAUAGUGAUGACUCGGAGAUUUUGAUUCAAAUAUUACCUGAACAGAGAAAUUUUGAAAAUGAUUCAUUACAAGGAAACGAAGCGGUUGAUCGAAGUGAACCUGAUACGGCGGAUCCAGCAGACGAUAUAGCGCAAAACGAAGCUGCAGAGAACACUCAGGAGCCUAACCUGAACACGCAGCUGGAAGAGCAACAAAAUGAAGAACCAAUGCAACCUGCAACCGAAUCCCCACCUGCCCCACCAACACGACGGAGUACGCGAGUAAGGUAUGCACCAAACCCUUUAAAUUACAACCACCUUGGAAACCCAGAACACUUCGUGUCGUCAAUUAAUGCAACACCAACCUUCUCCCCAUUUACCUAUCCACAGAGUUACCCACUGCCGCCACCGGCGCCGUUUAUUCCACCACUAUGGUUCCCUCCGUGGAUCCCUCCAUUUCCUCAUCCCUUCUACCCUCCAGUAAUCUACCAAUGUCCGUGCUGGAACUCACAUUAUUUGAUGCCCUUUAACAUGGGUUACUAG